AAGGCAAGCGAACCCCCCGAGUACACAGUUGUUGGCACACAAGCUGUAUCGGGAUAAAUAGACCGUCUACUGCCGCGUUUCCUUGCCAGUUGUCUUGGGCAUCUUCUGGCACAAGCUGUCGGCCUUGGCCGUCGACUUUGCUAGCGCCACGUUAGGCAAGCGCGAAGCCCCGGACACAAGUUGCUAGACUUUCCACGCUUGCCACGCCAGGCAAGCGUGCCCCUGAGCUUGGGCAGCGCCGACACAUGAUCCCGCAAGGCAGAACUCAGUGACAGCACAGUUCAGUGACACACUGUUGCUCACGCAAUCUACUCGGUCUUGAAUCCAUGCAAGUCUCCUCUUCGGAAUAAGUACCUCCAUGGCAAAGUUAGUGACAAUCGUGGCGGCGACUCGCUGGGCUGUGUUCACCUUCUCCUUUUCGAUGACACCGUCCCUGACACACACAGUCAUCACCCAAACUGUAGGUGAAUCAAGCCAUCAACUGCAUGUGCUUUUCUCAAACCGCAGACAACUCACUGGGGCUGCAUGGUUGAGCCUGGCCGCUGUGCUGUCCUCUGUGUUGCACCUUCUCCUUUUCAAUGAAAACACGCCCUGUUACGGCACGGCCGAACUAUGGUCCGUGGUGCCGUGACCAUGCGCCAAGUU